UGUGACGUAUUCCUGCUACGUGUCCAGAAGUUGUGUUGUCAACAUGGCGGCUCAGCAGGGAGAUGUUGAUGAACUGUUCGACGUUAAAAAUGCUUAUUACAUCGGCAGUUACCAGCAGUGUAUUAACGAGGCUCAGAAAGUGAAGCCGUCAUCGCCAGAGAAGGAGACAGAGAGGGACAUGUUUCUGUACAGAGCAUACAUCGCACAGAGGAAGUACGCUGUUGUCCUGGAUGACAUCAAGGCCAACUCUUCACCUGAGCUCCAGGCUGUAAGGAUGUUUGCAGAGUAUCUGUCCAACGACAUAAAAAGGGACACUAUUGUUGCUGAUUUGGACAAGAAGAUGGCGAAGAGCGUCGAUGCUGCCAACACCACCUUCCUGCUGAUGGCCGCCUCCAUCUACUACCGUGAGAUGAACACUGAUGCUGCUCUCAGGACUCUCCAUCAAGGAGAAAGCCUGGAGUGCAUGGCCAUGAGCAUUCAGGUGCUUCUAAGUCUGGAUCGUGUCGACCUGGCAAGGAAAGAGCUGAAGAAGAUGCAGGAGCAGGAUGAGGAUGCCACUCUCACCCAGCUAGCCACAGCCUGGGUUAACAUCGCAGUGGGUGGAGAGAAGCUGCAGGAUGCCUACUACAUUUUCCAGGAGAUGUCUGACAAAUACUCGUCCACGCUGCUGCUGCUGAACGGACAGGCGGCCUGUUACAUGGCUCAGAACAAGUGGGAGGAGGCUGAAGGAGUGUUGCAGGAGGCGCUCGAUAAGGACAGCAGCCACCCUGAGACGCUGAUCAACCUCAUCGUGCUGACCCAGCACCUGGGCAAAGCUCCCGAGGUAACCAACCGGUAUCUGUCCCAGCUGAAAGAUGCACACCGAGCUCACCCCUUCCUCAAGGACUAUUUAGCAAAGGAGAACGAGUUCGACAGACUAGCGAUGCAGUACGCUCCCAGCGCUACGGCGUGAAACAUCUCCUUUUACUGAGUUCGACGCCAUGAAAACAACUCGACAUCUCUCUUACAUACAUGUACACUGAACAGAAAUGUAAACGCAGCAUGUAGUGUUUAAUUAAAAUCUGUGAAUUCUUUUUAACAUAGAGGAAAAGGCAUUUGUUGUCCCAAAACAUGGAGUCUCUACAACAGAAGGAAACAACCAAGCACAUUGAAAUACAAACCAGAUUUCUCACAUUUUCCACGCAGAUUAAAUGACAAACAAUGUCCUGCUCAUCCUGAAGGACUGGGUGAAGUUGGUGGACUUUUUUGAGCUGUUGUCAGACAUCCACAGCAUCAUGUGGCAGAUUUUCUGUCACACCGAGCUGUCCGAAUCAAACAAAUGCUGGGUUUCUGGUCAUUCAGGUGCUUUUUUUGCAGCCCUAACCGUCAUUUUUCUCCUGUCAUGUGUGGCGUCGCAUCAUUUGAAUAAAGCUGCAUUAUGAGGUGGCCUUUUUAUAGCAGCGUCUGUGAGCUUCUCAGGCUAUCUGAUCUAUGUUUUUUUUUUUUUUAAGCCACCAGUGUGUGGUUUAACUCUGAAUUUGUCACCAGUUGAACAGCUUGAAAACUUUCUGUGCACAAUUGGCUAAAUUUGUACCAUUCUCAUGCUGCGUUUAUAUUUCCGUCCACUGUGUGUUUUCAUAUUUUUACUUGGCCGCUUUAUUUAAAUCACACGUGAGGUCAUAAUUUCCCUUGGAGGGUGUCCAAUCUUUAGAAAUUUAUAUUUCUCCCACCAUAUCCACAUGUAAUGCAAACAUUCCUUUGAAAUGAUAAUAAAUGUUUAACAGCUGA